UAUAUCACAUCACUACACGACUACGGACCGGAAGCGUUGUGCACGUCAGUCAUUCAUUUUUGAUCUUAAGAUUUUUACAAACUAAGUAAUUUUCCUAUUAAUUUUAUUUCGAUUUAAAGUUGUUUGAGAGACGCGAAAAACCGGGUGCUACAAAUAUAUUGUGAAUAUUGCUUUUGCAUUUACGUCUUAUUUUUAAGUUGUUAUUGUAGAAACUAACAUGUCUGGAGAACCUGAUGUUGCUCGUACUCCAGAGGAGGAAACUGAGGAAGAAAUCAAAUCCUCUUACAAACCACCUCCGGAGAAGACCAUAGAGGAGAUCCUGGCUGCUGACCAGGAAGAUGAGUCUUUACGGAAGUAUAAAGAGGCAUUGUUAGGACAGGUGCAGGCUGGUCCUGUUAUUGUUGACGCCAAUGACCCACGGAAAGUGAUUGUCAAAAAGCUGGCGCUGUGCGUUGCUGAACGUGAUGACUUAGAGCUAGACCUCUCUGGAGACUUAACUGAUCUCAAAAAACAGGUUUUCACUAUAAAGGAGGGUGUGCAAUACAAAAUAAGAAUCGACUUCAUAGUGCAGCGUGAGAUCGUGCACGGGCUCAAGUACGUGCAAAAGACCUACCGUAUGGGUGUCCCAGCCCCUGUGGACAAAAUGACACACAUGGUCGGAUCUUAUCCCCCCAAAACCGAGAUCCAGUCAUAUACCACGCCUCCUGAAGAUGCGCCUUCGGGGAUGAUGGCGAGAGGAUCCUACUCUGUCAACAGCCUCUUUACUGAUGAUGAUAAGAAUGUCCACCUUCAGUGGGAGUGGACCUUCGAGAUCAAGAAGGAUUGGAAGGAUUAGAUAGAAUGGGUGAGGUCCAGUACUUCCAGCGUUGCGGUAAAUUGACUGAUUUUAUAGUAUAUCUACUGUAGAAAGAGUAGUAUUGCAAAAAAUACAGUUAAUUUUUGUUAAUACGAUAAAAUUUUAAGAAACUAUAUAAAGAACUCUAAAUUUUGGAGAAACCUGCUUACGUGUGGAAUGGAAGUACUGGUGAAUCUGCAGCCCAAAAGGAAUUUGCCCAUAUCCAGCAAAAUUUACAUGAAAGCGAAUUAAAAAUCAACAAAAAAAGAUUAACCCGAUUAAAACGUGUUUAUUGGGAGUUGAGGUUAAAACUGAUUAGUUAACCAACAGGCUGUCAAACCCUUCAAAUUGUGACAGCAAUGGAAAUGUCAGUGCUUUAGGUUAACACUAAGAAAAUAUAUAUAAAUGUUUGUUUGAUUUGGGCAAUUUCCUUUGAAAAUUGUAAGCUUUUCAUUAAAAAGCUCUCACGGUCAAGCGCACACUACAGAAUGCUAAGUACAAUUAUAAUGUUUUGGUGAUACAAAAUGUACGAAUUAUAUAAAAAAAAUGUACAAAUAUACGUCUACCCUCCUUUUUUAUUAUUUUUUAUGAAUGCAACAGGACAUGCUUUUCAAGUGACAAUGUCUAAUAAAUUGAAAAAACAUCGACUUCAUUGUCCCGUUUGCGCCAGAUCUCUCUCUCUUAGACUUACUUAAGUAUGCACUCAUUUCAUCAAUGUUUUGUUAUAACGUUGUCACGUUAAACUCAUCCGUAAACCGAUUUUACAGACAACCGUGUUUUUAGUUGUCUGUAGCCAUAGAUCGCUGUAUGAAGCGUCAAUCUUUUUUAUUUUGCUCGUUCUCUUUCUAAAGCUCGUUAAAAUGUCAUAUAUCGUUUAUAUCAUAUUGUAUCUAGCAUUCUGUUUAUAUGAAAUGUAAAGACCAUAGAGCCAGAGGUGAGCA